GCUAUGUCUCGCGGGCAGGCUGUGGGGACCAGAUAAUGCCCUUGGCAGGAGCCGCUACAGGGGAGGUGCGCGAGAGAGACCCAGACAUUAUGACAUUAGAAAUAGACGGUCACAUAAGACGGAGAAUGCCAGGUAUGCGGGCAUCAAACCCCACAGUCACGCUAGCUUGUACUGCCGGAAUAUUUCAAUGGGCAUUAUAUGAGCCACGAUGUCAUCUCAACCAUCGUACCCGGGUGAGAAUUGAAAGCCCUUCAGAAUAAUCCCCGCCUCCUCCGCCUCCUCUUUGUCCACCCGGGAGGGUGAUAUCGGGGCGCAGCAAGCUUAGGUCAAGUAGAAAGGAGCAGCAGAAAAGAACGAAGUGUACAAAACAGCCAAGGAUUGUCGAAGGCCCUGGAAAACAUAAAUGGAAUGACUAAGAGAUGAAGUAGCCAAUGG